GCCCCCGUCUCCGCCGUCGUGCCUGCAUCGUGCCAGCCAGUGAUGGUGAGUGGUGCGAAGGUGAAGACGAGUGAUGAGCAAUAGAAUAAUCAAAUUGUAAUUAAAUCGUAUACGUAUCCCUCUAAUUAAUAAAUAAUUAAAUAAUGGCCGAUGAAGAUUUUGAUGGAGAUGAGGUCGCAGAUGAUUUCGAUGAUGUGGACGACGAGGAUAACAUUGAGUUAGAACCGCAGGAAGAUGAUGGUGAAAACAUUGAAUUGUUGAAUGCUAACGAAGCUACCGGUGGUGUUCAAAGAUCAAAGAGGAUAACGACGAGAUAUAUGACCAAAUACGAAAGGGCAAGAGUUUUAGGUACAAGAGCGUUGCAAAUAGCAAUGUGUGCUCCCGUGAUGGUAGAAUUAGAAGGCGAGACAGAUCCAUUGCAAAUUGCUAUGAAGGAGUUGAAGCAACGAAAAAUUCCUAUAAUUAUACGUCGCUACUUGCCUGAUAACAGUUACGAAGAUUGGGGCAUCGACGAGCUAAUUAUAAUAGAUCAUUAAUCUCGAUCUCUUCUUGGAAGAAGAUUACAUCUUUUCUUGAUAACUUUAUUUAUUACCGAUACAGUAAAUGGUGUUUUAUAUGGAAAAAUCUUGUUCUAAAUCACUAUACCUUCUAAAUGAAUUGUUACAAUCCUUCUUUUCAUUCACAGACUACUCUAAAAUAAAAACUUAAAUUUUAUA